AUGAAAUAUCAUGAACCGGGAAGACCGCCCGGAGUUGUCAGUAGUGUGGAUGGGAUACACAGGCGAAGACGUACCAUUAACCAUACGUCCCCGCCGCUACUACAAGAAUGGGAACUCCGUGAUCGCUAUUAUAAUCAGCAUGACGACCUUGAUCAUGAACAAUACUUGGUGGAGGAAGUGGAGAGUAAUGAGGAUGAUGAUGAAUACACUAGACGGAGGGGAAUGUAUGAUGAGGAUUACUAUUCCGAGGAUGAACGACACUAUUCACCACCCAUCACCAGUCGGGAGAGAGAAAGGGACGAAGCUCUGAUGCAAUCCGCCUACGCACGAAUCGCCCGAGCGAGAGAAAAGGGCAAGACCAACGUCAAUCUCAGUCAAGAAGAAAUGCAAGCUUUGGAAAGGGGGAGAAUGGGAAGAAGAACGAGUGGACCACAACAGGCUCUUGAGCGCAGGACCAUCCAGCUGCCGGAGCCAUCCCCUCUCGCUACACCACCCAAAACUCCCGCUGCAGCAGCAGCAAUCUCUUCCAAGACAAAGGACAAAGUCAAAGCUACGAGCAGUCGCUCGAGUAGUGCCACCAGUCUCGCCAGUCUGAAAAAGAGUGGAAGGAAGAGUACUGGAUUGAUAUCUUCCUCCCCGGCGAAGAGUAAUUCCAAAGCCAAAGUCCAACGCAAGGGAUCCAUCAGUUUGCCAUCGGAGUUGCACGCUCCGAUUGCCAUGGACCUGCUACAAGCUCCCCCUGGGAUGAGAUUGGUGAAUGGGCCGAAUGGAAUUCCCGUUUACGCCCCGAUUGAGUUGUAUUCGGGGAGGAAUUCGCCCAUUGCGACAAGGAGUCGGAGUGGYUCUAUUCAGAGGAAGGAGAGUAUGCCUGAAUAUCCUCCGAGUUCCAUGUCUACGAGAUAUCGACCGGGUUCGUCCUCUAGUUUGAGAGACGAUGGCGAUGCGCCUUAUGAUUAUUAUGGUUCGCCAGGACGGAGGGCGAGUGUGAGCAGUGCGCAACGUUAUCGCGAUAUGCCUUCAUAUGGGUAUGAGUAUGGGGAACGGCCGAUCAGUCGACAUCAACAUCAUCAACAGGAGUUUGGCGAAUCUCCCUUGUCUGUCAGGUAUGCGGGUCUGAGAAGAGCUGCUCCUCCUUCAGCUACGCCCAUGACGGCGAGGGACAGGGAUCGAAUGCAGAGACUUCCUUCUGGGGAGAGUAGUGCUAGUAGUGAGGGGAGUGAGGAACAAGGGGUGCGGGUGGAAGUUAGAGUUGAGGAGGGUGGUGGGUAUGCUGUUGUGGAGGAGGAUGUCAGUGAGGGGAAGAAGGAGAAGAAAGAUAGUAGGGAGAAGGACAGGGAUAAGAGGGGAGUGUCGGGGAGUGUUAGGAAGAGGAGAAAGGAGGGCUCGAGGAGGUAA